AUGUCCAAGUUUGGGGUUUUGGUCAUGGGCCCGGCCGGGGCGGGCAAGACCACCUUCAGCAAUGCUAUGAUCCAACACCUGCAGAAUACCCGCCGCAGCUGCUUCUACGUCAAUUUGGACCCCGCGGCCGAGACCUUCAGCUACGAACCCGACCUUGACAUCCGCGAGCUGAUCACCUUGGAGGAUGUGAUGGAGGAGCUGGGUCUGGGUCCGAACGGUGGACUGAUCUACUGCUUCGAAUUCCUACUACAGAACCUCGAUUUCCUAUCCCAAGCCCUGGAUCCGCUUAGCGAGGAGUACCUGAUCAUCUUCGACAUGCCCGGCCAGAUCGAAUUAUACACCCACAUCCCCCUCCUGCCAUCCCUCGUGCAGUUCCUGUCACGACAGGGACCCUUGAACAUCAACCUCUGCGCGGCCUACCUGCUCGAGAGUACCUUUGUGAUCGACAAAGCCAAGUUUUUCGCGGGAACGCUCAGUGCCAUGUCCGCCAUGCUGAUGCUGGAGAUGCCGCACGUGAACAUCCUCAGCAAGAUGGACCAAAUCCAGGACAUGGUGACCCGCCGGGAACUGAGACGGUUCACCAACGUGGAUGUGCAGCUGCUGCAGGAUGAGGAAGACGAUGUAGCGCCGAGCGCGAAUCCCAUGGCGACGGAUGCGCUAAUGAGCGGCGGGUCUUUCAAACGGCUCAAUCGGGCCGUCGCACAGCUUAUCGAUGACUUUAGCAUGGUCUCUUUCCUGAAGUUGAAUGUGCAAGACGACGACAGUGUGGCGGCUGUUCUGAGCCACAUUGAUGAUGCGAUUCAGUUCCACGAGGCCCAGGAGCCGAGAGAACCCAAGGAUGAGCAGGAGGUGAACUACGAAGACGCCGAUGCUUGA